CCCGAAGGCGCUGUUACUUUACAACCGUGUUGAAGAAACAUCUUAUCAUUCUCAAGAUGACGGAGUCAACGACCAGACAGACCGAGCUACUGUCUCACGCCCAGCUGGUUGACUCGUCUUUGCCAAAGCGAGCCAGUGGAAACACUAUUCCCGGUGGCAGUACCCGGAACUUUCACGACGAGAUUGUUACUCUCGAGCCGGACGAUGCUGAUGCUGCGGGAGACGCCUCCGCAAUCGACGAACGCAUCUCGAACUAUACUGUUUCACUGUCCUCGAGCGUCGUCGAUUAUCCUAUGGAAUACGGCCGUCGGUACCAUGCCUUCCGUCCUGAAGCGUACUUUGCACCGAAUGAUGAUGCUGGGACGGAACGCCUUGACAUGUGUCACGCGUUGAUGGUAAAGGCAAUCGGAUCGAAGCUUUAUCUAGCGCCUCGCGACAAGUCCAAAAUGCGCAUAAUUCUCGAUAUCGGGACUGGGACUGGCUUAUGGGCUGUCGAGAUUGGUGAUAUUUUCACUGACGCGGAGGUCGUCGGCAACGACCUAAGUGCUAUACAGCCAAGUUGGGCCCCUCCCAAUGUCCGAUUUGAAGUUGACGAUGUUGAAAGUCCUUGGGUUGAGCAGAAGUACGACUACAUCAUGUGCCGAUACAUGGCCGGCUCGAUCCUCGACUGGCCAAAGCUGGUGAAGAACAUCUAUGGCCAUCUCAACCCAGGAGGAUGGGCCGAGUUUCAGGAGAUGAUCUGCGAGUACUAUUCUGACGACGGUAGUUACACCGUGAAGCACGCUACUUGGGGCUGGAACAAGACCUUGGUGAGGACUCUGGAGAGCAUCGACCGCGAUCCUAACCCCGUCCCAAAGGUGGAGGGCUGGGUGGUAGAUGCUGGCUUUCGAAGCAUCUUCCACCAAAGGUUCAAGACCCCCAUCGGCCCUUGGCCCAAGGACCCUCACUACAAGGAAGUUGGUCUGCUCAACUUGGCGCAAAAUCUUGAGGGUCUAGAGGCCUUCUCAAUGAGGCUGAUGUGUGGUGUUCUCGGGCGGACUAGAGAGCAAGCUUUGGCGCAAAUUCAAGAGGUUAGGAAAGAGUUGAAAUCGGGUGUUUUCCACGCCUUGUUUGACCUUCAUGUAGUUUACGGGCAGAAGCCCUCUGAUGAGGAGGAACAGGCGUAGAUCACAGGGACUAUGCCAACCGCGCUGAAUCGCCACAACGUGAGCUGACGAGCGCAUUUACCUGUCAGGCAUUUGAAUUAUGGGAGAAUUGAACAUAUGUUCUGUUGCGAUCCAAUUCUUCCAACUUGCGAGUUACAUACUCGCAUCGCGGAAAGAUUCAACCCUGAUGCUAGGCGCAUUGGUGCAUGAAGUUGUGGAUCUGAAGAAGGGUAUGAGCUCCCGUGGGAACGUCUUGAAGAGCGCUCACAGCAGUCAGUGCAUGUUGCCAAGGACUAAGAAUUAAUACCCAAGUAGAAAUCUUUCUCAAGGGGAACUUUAAGUCUCGAAAUCAUCUUCCUCAGCGAAGUUGAGUGUUGUAGAAAAGAUCACUUUACCAAGAAGAUGUAAUCAAUCAAUCGCAUACCCUCUCUGUUGCGGCCAUCGUGUUACUGCUCCAACUCAAUUUAGGAC